AUGGCAGCCAAUACUCGCUAUACACCUGCUCCUCAGCGUGAUUCGCUGGAGGAGCAACAGCAAUACACGCAAGCCCCUCCAUCCUACCAGGCAUCUUCGGACCCCCUGAUGGGAGCUCCUCGCACUGAGGGCGAUAAUGUUCCCGAUGACUUCAAGUUUGGUGGGUCGGUGGCAGAGGCUACGCUUCCCAUUCGGAUGCAGUUCAUCCGCAAGGUCUACUCUAUCUUAACUGUGCAGCUCCUCGUUACCGCCGGCAUGAGCGGCGUAUCCUUCUUCAACGACUCCUACCGUCAAUGGGUCCAAUCAAACUCGUGGAUGAUGUUCAUCUCGGUAUUUGGCGCACUUGGGUUUAUGCUCCUCACCUUUUGGAAGCGGAAAAGCUACCCGAGCAAUCUCAUCUUUCUCGCCGCCUUCACCCUUCUCGAGGGCUAUGCCGUGAGCGUGGUUACCUCAUUUUACGAUUCGGCUAUCGUGAUGCAAGCCCUUGUUAUUACUCUGGGCCUUUUCCUCGCCUUAACUCUCUUCGCCUGCCAGACCAAGUACGAUUUCACGAGCUGGAUGCCAUACCUCUUCUUUGCGCUAUGGUUCUUGGUUUUGUUUGGAAUUAUGACGAUGUUUUUCCCAAUGAGCAGCAAAAUGGAGCUGAUCUACGGGUCCAUUGCGGCUCUGAUAUUCAGUGCAUAUAUCCUUGUGGACACGCAGUUGGUCAUGCGUCACCACCACGUCGAAGAGGAGAUUGCUGCAUCGAUCUCGCUUUACUUGGACGUUAUCAAUUUGUUCUUGGCUAUCCUGCGGAUUCUGAAUAGCCAAAGUAAUAAUUGA